AAUGGCGAUUGGGACUCACCGCCAUUGAGAGCAUUAGGUAACUGAGCUCUGUGUAUGUAUGUAUCUAUGUCUUCUUCACUGCCUACGCACAAAAUCCAACUCUCCAAUCUCUGAAUCGUCUUCUGUCACCAUUCUCGCGUGGAGUUUUAGCUCAGCAACUUUCCGGUGGGAGAGGUAAGGGUUUCGAUUUGAUUUUUAACUGUAGAGGUGGAUUGUAGGGAGAAUGCACGGCGGAGGGAAGGAGAAGCUGGUGGUGGAAGUUGUGGCGGCGCACAAUCUGAUGCCUAAGGACGGCGAGGGCUCGUCGUCGCCGUUCGUUGAGGUUGAGUUCGAGAACCAGCGGCAGAGGACGCAGGUGAAGUACCGCGACCUAAAUCCUGUGUGGAACGAGAAGCUCGUUUUCCACGUGAACGACGUCGCCGACCUUCCGUACCGUACGAUCGAGGUGAACGUGUUCAACGAGAAGCGGUCGAACAACAGUCGGAAUUUCCUCGGAAAAGUUAGGGUUUCCGGCUCGAGCAUCGCGCGGGAGGGGGAGGAGGUGCCGCAGCUUUACACGCUGGACAAAAGGAGCCUCUUCUCGCACGUGCGCGGAGAGAUCAGUCUGAAGCUCUAUCUCUCCACCAAGGAGGAGGUCAAGCAGGUGAUUAACACCGCCGCCGCCGCGGCGGCGGCGGCGACGGUUACCGGCGGAGGCGUCAUCUCGAAGAAAAAUAAGAAAAUGAAACCGCAAGGCGGCAACAUGGUCGUGCCGAAGCAAAUGGGCCUCGGAUUGGGCCCAGAGAAUAACAACGGGAAUAAUAAAUUGGGCCUAGGUUUACAAAACCCGACACAUUUAAAGCCCAACGAGCCUGGCCCGAGGGAAAUCAAGCCGGUUGUUAUAACCGCCGGUCCGGGCCCGGUUCUCCCCGGCGGCGGCGGCGGCGGCGGCGCCCCUCCGGCCGGCGCGCUGAACGACUACUCCUUGAGAGAAAUGAGACCUGACCUCGGCGGACUGAGGAAGGACAAAACGAGCUCGACGUACGAUUUGGUGGAGCAGAUGCAGUAUCUGUACGUUAGGGUUUUGAAGGCGCGGGAGAUUUCUGUGUUCGGCGGAAACGACGUCGUAGCGGAGGUGAAGCUCGGGAACUACAAAGGAAUCACGAAGAGAGUUGCGUCUGGAGCUGCGGAUUGGGACCAAAUCUUCGCCUUCUCGAAGGACUCCAUACAGUCGUCGGCGGUGGAGAUUUUCGUCAAGGAAAGCAACAAGGACGACUUCAUAGGUCGCGUCUGGUUCGACCUCAACGAAGUUCCGAAACGUGUUCCGCCGGACAGCCAGCUGGCGCCGCAGUGGUACAGAAUGGAGGAUAAAAAAGGCGAUAGAUCCAAAUCCGGCGAGGUUAUGGUCGCAAUCUGGUUCGGAACUCAGGCCGACGAGGCUUUCGCGGAGGCAUGGCAUUCCAAGGCUGCUAACGUUCAUCUCGACGGCCUGUCUUCGAUCAAAUCGAAGGUUUAUUUAUCUCCGAAGCUAUGGUACCUCCGCGUCGGCGUAAUUGAAGCUCAGGAUGUCGUCCUCGGCGACAAAGGAGCUUCGAUGAACAUGAUGAGGUAUCCGGAGCUCUUCGCGAAAGUUCAAGUGGGAAACCAGGUUUUAAGGACGAGAAUCGCAUCGCCAACGGCUAGUCGAAGCCUGUCGAAUCCAUUUUGGAACGACGAUUUGAUCUUCGUUGUGCCCGAGCCAUUGGAGGAUUAUCUGAUGAUCACCGUCGAAGAUCGUCUCGCUCCGAACCGUGACGAGGUUGUCGCGAGAGUAAUCCUCCCGAUCACGACCAUUGAACGUCGAUUCGACGAUCGACCAAUCGUGUCGAGAUGGUACAGCCUUGACACACAUUUCAGCACCCAGAAUGACUCGAAAGCCAUCGUACGAUUCGCGUCGCGAAUCCACCUCCGCACUGCGCUCGAAGGAGGGUACCAUGUUCUCGACGAGGCGACGAUGUACAGCAGCGACGUCCGUCCGACGGCGAAGCAGCUAUGGAAGCCGCACAUCGGAGUCCUCGAAGUCGGGAUUUUAGGCGCAAGCAACCUCGUCCCGAUGAAGAUCAAGGAAGGCAAAGGCGGCACAACCGACGCCUACUGCGUCGCAAAGUACGGACAGAAAUGGGUUCGGACGAGGACCGUUGUCGACAGCCUCUCGCCGAAAUGGAACGAGCAGUACACGUGGGAAGUCUUCGACCCGUGCACAGUCAUCUCGAUUGGUCUAUUCGACAAUUCCCGCAUCGACAAGAGCGCGGUGUCGGGAAGCCCGAAUCGCGACACGAGAAUCGGAAAAGUCCGAAUCCGUCUCUCCACGCUCGAAACGGAUCGCGUCUACACCCACGCGUACCCGCUGCUGAUGCUGCAUCCGUCGGGCGUCAAGAAGAUGGGCGAGCUUCACUUAGCGGUCCGGCUGUCGUGCGCGAACAUCUUCAAUGUCCUGCACAUGUACGCCGCUCCGUUGCUCCCGAAGAUGCACUACGUGCAGCCGUUGUCGGUGAGCCAGCUCGAGACGCUCCGUUUCCAGGCGAUGAGCGUGGUGGCGAUGCGGCUUAGCCGGGCGGAGCCGCCGCUUGGCCGGGAAGUCGUCGAGUACAUGCUCGACCACGACUCGCACAUGUGGAGCAUGCGGAAGAGCAAGGCGAACUUCCUGCGGCUAACGAACGUGCUAUCGUGGUUCAUCGCAACAAACCGAUCGGUUGAGUCGCUGAGGACGUGGAACCGUCCCGUCUACUCGGCGCUAUUCUCGACAUCGUUCGUCGUCCUCGUCCUCGUCCCAGAGCUGAUCAUCCCGUGCGGGUUUCUCGCUCUCGCCGCGACAGGGCUGUGGCGGUACAAAUCGCGGUCGCGACACCCGCCGCACAUGGACACGCGGCUGUCAUACGCGGAGAGCGUCCAUCCCGACGAGCUGGACGAGGAGUUCGACUCGUUCCCGAGCACGCGGAACGCGGAGCUGAUUCGGAUGCGGUACGACCGGCUGAGGAGCGUGGCCGGGAGGAUUCAGACGGUGGUCGGGGAUAUGGCGACGCAGGGGGAGCGGUUUCAGGCGCUGCUGAGCUGGCGAGACCCGAGGGCAACGUUCUUGUUCGUGGUGGCGUGUUUGUUGGCGGCGUUCGGGUUUUAUUUGGUGCCGAUACGGUGGGCGGCGGCGGCGGCGGGGCUGUAUUAUCUGAGGCCGCCGAAGUUCAGGAACAAGAUGCCGUCGAGCGCCGUGAGCUUUUUCAAGAGAUUGCCGACGAAUGCGGACAGUAUGUUGUGAUUGGGAAUUGGGAAUUUGGGAUUUGUUGGGUUGGGACUUUUGACAUUUUGUGGUUAGAGUGUUUUUUAUUGUUGUUGUUGUUGGUUGUCUUGUCUUGUGUAUUGUUUGUUGUCUGUGUAGUGUUGUGAUGGGCGGUUUGGUUUUUAAGUUUAAGGUUAUUUUGUGUUUGUUGGAA